AUGAACAAAAAUGGAACAGCUAAAAUGAAUGAUAAUCAAAUAAGAGCAGAAGGUAGAAGGUUAUUUAAACGCUUCUAUAACAUUCCUGAUGGUGUUAAUCCUAAAACUCGUAGAAGUUAUUUAAAUGAAGCCAUAGAUGCAUAUGAAGGAUUUGACAUUUCAUCAGAAAGUGAGAGGUUAGCAAGAAUGUUAAACGUUAAUAUUGAUUUUUAUUAUUGUGACCCUCAACCAGAAGACGUAGACAUUAACAAGGUAGACUUUCCAUUAGUGGAAUCAAUAAUGAUAGAUCCAGAAUUUGAAACAGUAAAUAUUUUAUUAACACAGAGUCCAUGUGGAAAACUUCACGCUGACAGAAUUACAGACGUUGAAGCACUCACAGGAUAUAAAGUUUGCCCCUUUUGCAAAGAAGAAGUAUAUUCUAUCCGUGAUGAUCCAGAAAGGAAAAACCAAAGAAGAUUUUUAAAACAUUGUGAGAAAUGUAAAGAAAAUAAUGGAAGAUUAAUUCAAGACGUUCAAUUGCAAAACACACAACAACCAUAUGCACCACAUAUCACGAAACAGAAGAUAUAUCAAUGGCUAUUAGCACAUAAUUUGCAGGAAUAUUAUAAACCAACAAGAUAUUAUAUUACUUUUGACUUCGAAACAUUAGAGACUAAAGAAGAACUUCAACUUUCUGAAUGUGCAACUUUGAACGCUUACUUAAAACCAUUUAUGGUAUCAUCAACUGUCAAAAUAAAGCCGCAAAGCGGCGAGGUCGUAGACCGUGAUAAAACAUUUACGAGGAAUUUUUGCUUAACAUCAAGUGAUUCGUUCAUCUCUGAUUGGAUUGAAUUUUUAUUUUCAACCUGUUCAUUAGUUGCUAAAUCAAAUAUUGAACAAUAUGAAGAAUUAAUGAAUACAUUAAAUGAGAAACAAAAGGAAGCAAUGAAAGAGCUUUUAGAUGAAGAAUUUAAUAAAGUGAAUAUCAUUGGUUUUAAUUCGGGAAAGUUUGAUUUAAAUUUAAUUCUUCGUGAUUUAAACACUGCAAAAUGGAAAAUAAAAUCAAUGCUUAGAUAA